CCACGGCGCUGUAGCGCAGUAUCGCCACAUUCGCCGCAACUUAUCGCCAUCAUCCGACGAGAGCAAGCUUCUUGCAUCAGGCCGGCCGUUCUAUCUUCCAAGCUCUACCUCGUCUGACCGGCGCUUCCUCAACAGAUGGACGCCGAACGCGAGUGCUUCGAGCGAUCACUCCGCGAGGAUGUGGCUACACUGGCCGUCUACAUAGCCAGGAUAGAUCAAAAGAUGGCGACUGUGGCAGCACAACAGGCUACGCUCGAGCAGCAGCGCACAGAACGAGCCAAUGAACGCAUGGCAGCAGUCGCAGCUCGUGACGAUCCCACUGCCGCAGAAUCAGACAGAACGAGAGCUCAACAUGCUAUCGACGAGAUCGAUCAGCGAGACGAGCAGGCCGAUAAGUUGUUGAAGCGGCAGGCUGAGUUUCUUAGAGAGUCGGAAGAACAGGUGCGGGCUGCACAAGAGCAAAGGCGUAUCGCACUGCAGCGUGUACGAGCCUCCGAACAGCGCUGCGCUGAUACCCAUCGUGCCUUUGUCGAUGCCCGCCGUGCAUUUCUGAACGAACCGAUAAAGCCGAAGAACUGCAAGACGUACCGAUCAGCUGCGAGACGUCGCAGCCGCUGAGGUGAGUCGAUCACGUUGAAUGUGCUCGCAAUCUUUUGACGCCUCACUGAAGGACUUGUGUAGUCACCUACGAGCACAGCAGCACAUUCCGAC